AUGUCUUCGCCGGGAGGGCCCCCCGAACCCGCGUCGCCCGAGACCCGGGCGGCCACACCAACCAAGCCUUCGCCCUUCUCGGUCGCCUCUCUGCUGGCCGACACCCGGCCGAGCGGACAGCUCAGGUUUACGGCACCGGCCUUCGCCGCCAGCAUCCUGCACGUGCCGCCGCGCGACCCGGGCUUCUCGUUCCUGCACACGCCGGCCACCGGCGGUCACUUUGGCUGGCCCGGCGGCACGCAGCCCUGUGGGCCCUCCUGGUUCGGUCUGGCGCCACACCACACACUGCCCAAGCCUGGUGAGGUACCUUCACUGCCGGUCAAGUGUCAACUACGACGUCACAAGAGCAACCGCAAGCCACGGACUCCAUUUACGACGCAGCAGCUGCUUGCGCUCGAGCGCAAGUUCCGAGUCAAGCAGUACCUGAGCAUAGCCGAACGCGCCGAGUUCUCCUCAUCACUCAACCUCACCGAAACCCAAGUGAAGAUCUGGUUCCAGAACCGGCGCGCCAAGGAGAAGCGGCUCAAGGAGGCGGAACUGGAGAAGCUCCGCAUGGCCAUGCGACCGCUACUGCCUGGCGCCUUCAGCCUGGGCCUGGCUGCCGCAGGCCCGUUCGGCGGCUCCGCAUCGGGCGCCGUUGCCCCCGGCGGAUACGUGCACCCGCCACGGCUCGUGCAGGCUGCACCACCCGCGCACCACCCACCGUUCAGCGGCGCCGAGGCCGUGUCGGCUCUGCAGCAGCAGCGUCCCGCCUUGUGA